UUUUGUUUUUUUUUUCUUUCACUGUUCAGCUUCUUUUUGAAUGGGGUUGACGCUUUCUAAUGUGGGGGGCAAGAGGGAAGUGUAUCCAGUCCACUUGAUGGCAGAUGCACUGUGAGUGAUUUCUCACCAGCUCCCAGAGCACCGAGCUUGCUCUUUCUCCCAUUGGGUAAAUGUAAACUUGGAGUCCGCUGCUCUGAGCGAUUUCCCAGGUUGCUGCUAGGCGGUCAGUUUUAGCUGAUUGAGGAGACAGCAGUAGUUAGUACUGGGGAGGUACUUGGGAGGGAGAAUGAGGCAGGCGGAGAAGAAGAGGGGGAUGCGGGUAUGAACGGUAGGACAGGGAAAGAGAGAGGAGGGGGUUAGAGAAUGGGAAAAGAAGGGAGAAGAAGGGCACGAAUGGGAGAGCCCGAGGAACGUGAUGGAAACUUGCAGUUGUACCCACACUGACCUAAAAUAGCUCCAUCCCCUUGCCUGGGCCCUGUGGCCUGGGCCAGGCUGCGUCAGUGGCUUCUACGACCUCCCCGCUCCUCACCCCUCGCACCUGGGGCCUGCUGCACAGACAGUUUGUCCUGAAAAUUGAUGGCAUGCAGGUGCAGGUGGCAUGGGGGGCGGUGGGGGUGGCAGGUUUUAACUUUGGGAAUUACACUUCUCUAAUUGUCUCUACUAGCCCUCUCUGGACUAGAGAGAUUUUGGAGAGAAUUGCCACAGAAUUUAACCAGUUACAGUUUCAUGCUGUUCAGAGCAAAGGCCUGCCUCUUCUGGACAAAGUAAGACCACGUAUAGCCCACAUUACGGCCAUGCUGCAGCAGUUCCUGGGAGGCCUGCUGCUAGAAGGGCUUCAGACUUCCAAUGUGGACAUCAUAUGGCACUGCCUCCGGACUUACGCUACAAUUGACAAGACACGGGAUGCAGAGGCGUUAGUCGGUCAAGUACUGGUGAAACCGUACAUGGAUGAGGUGAUUGUAGAGCAGAUCGUUGAGUCUCAUCUGGACGGCCUGAAGAUCAUGUAUGCUAAUAAGCUCCUGGAGUUCGUUCCUCACCACUGCCGCCUUCUUUGAGAGGUCACAGGAGGAGCCAUCUCAAGGUGACGUAAACUGCUGUGUAUGCACCUGAGCUCAGUUUAGUGACCACCUGUCACCUCCUCAUGUGCCGCUGAUCCCUGGCUGUCCUGUCUGACCCGGGAACGUGUGCUCUUCCCUAUUUGUUACCAGUGCUGUGAGGCAGGUGUCGCUUGCCUGGGUUUACAGGGAAAGGGAAUGAAGAGUGGGGACGAAUCUCAACGGUGACAUUUGUGUGACUCCAGAGCCUCUGCUUUUCUCUUGUCUAUACUUUCUCCUUAACCAGGUUCAAAAUCAAAAUUGGUUUCCUUCCAUUAUUGUGAUGUCAUCAUCGGUCUAGAAAUACCAAUUCAUUUUAAUUCAACACGUUUUAUACUGAUGGCAAUUAAAGUCAUGUUCGGUUUUC